CCUGGGCCAGCGGCAGGCGUGUGGGAUCUUAGUUCCCGACCAGGGAUCAAACCCACGGUCCCUGCAUUGGAAGCACGGCGUCUUAACCACUGGACACCACCAGGGUAGUCCCACGUGGAUCUUCUUUUCAAUGUGCUUUCUUGGCUGGGACCCGGGAAACAAGUGCUAGACCUUGCUAGGAACUGCAGUGACCCUGCACAAGUCACUCUGCCUCUCUGGGCCACAGUCUCCGGGUCUACACAAGGAGAUAGCUGAGCCCUCGAUGCUUCUAAUUUCUCUGCAGGUACUGACAGACCUCAGACCUUACAAGCUUCUGUGAUCUACUGGUCCUAGAAUAAAUCCAACACCGGAAUUUCCAGUCUUCCGGCGCGGGGUGGGGGAAUUACACUGGGCCCCGUGGGAAUCUGCUUCCUGGUUUUCUUUCCCUCUUAGGGGCCGUGGGGCAGUUGUACCCACAGAGCCCCAGAAGACACUUUACAUCCCACUCUCAUUUAGUUCCAAAAUGAACCCGUUUCCAAUUUCUUUUGUGGGGGAAAAGGGGACCUUCAAUUCCACUUCUGGAAGUAUCCUGCUCCAAGUUUUCUUUUCACAUUUCGGAGGCAAGGUGGGAAAACCACUGGAUGUGACCAAUCCUUGCCCGUCCUCCUCCAAGUCCAGGAAGAGGAGCUGGCCUCAGACCCAGGCUUCCUGACCACUAUGCUGUGUGGGCUGGGCGGCUUCUCGCUGCUGCUGGGCCUGGCUUCCCGCGAGCAGCGACUGCAGCGCUGGACGCGUCCCUUGUCGGGCCUCGUGUGGGCAGCGCUGCUCGCGCUAGGCCACGGCUUCCUCUUCACCGGGGGCGUGGUGAGCGCCUGGGACCAGGUGUCCUUUUUCCUUUUUGUCAUCUUCACCGUGUAUGCCAUGUUGCCCUUGGGCAUGCGUGACGCCGCCGCCGCGGGUCUCGCCUCUUCACUCUCACACCUGCUGGUCCUCGGGCUGUAUCUUGGGCCUCAGCCGGACUCACAGCCCGCGCUGCUGCCGCAGCUGGCGGCAAACGCGGUGUUGUUCCUGUGCGGGAACGUGGCCGGAGCAUACCACAAGGCGCUGAUGGAGCGCGCCCUGCGCGCCACGUUCCGGGAGGCGCUUAGUUCCCUGCACUCCCGCCGGAGACUCGACACCGAGAAGAAGCACCAGGAACACCUUCUCUUGUCCAUCCUUCCUGCCUACCUGGCCCGAGAGAUGAAGGCGGAGAUCAUGGCACGGCUGCAGGCUGGACAGGGGUCACGGCCAGAGAGCACCAACAACUUCCACAGCCUCUAUGUCAAGAGGCACCAGGGAGUGAGCGUGCUGUAUGCUGACAUCGUGGGCUUCACGCGGCUGGCCAGUGAGUGCUCCCCUAAGGAGUUGGUGCUCAUGCUCAACGAGCUCUUUGGCAAGUUCGACCAGAUCGCCAAGGAGCAUGAAUGCAUGCGGAUCAAGAUCCUGGGAGACUGUUACUACUGUGUCUCCGGGCUGCCACUCUCGCUGCCAGACCACGCCGUCAACUGUGUGCGCAUGGGGCUGGACAUGUGCCGGGCCAUCAGGAAACUUCGGGCAGCCACCGGCGUGGAUAUCAACAUGCGUGUGGGUGUGCACUCAGGCAGCGUGCUCUGCGGGGUCAUCGGGCUGCAGAAAUGGCAGUAUGAUGUCUGGUCCCAUGACGUCACUCUGGCCAACCACAUGGAGGCGAGUGGAGUGCCAGGACGAGUACAUAUCACAGGGGCUACGCUGGCACUGCUGGCAGGGGCUUAUGCUGUGGAGGAGGCAGCCAUGGAACACGGGGACCCAUACCUUCGGGAGCUAGGGGAGCCGACCUACCUUGUCAUCGAUCCCCGGGCUGAGGAGGAGGACGAGAAGGGCACUGCAGGCGGGUUGCUGUCCUCUCUUGAGGGCCCCAAGAUGCGUCCAUCACUGCUGAUGACCCGCUACCUGGAGUCCUGGGGUGCAGCCAAGCCUUUCGCCCACCUGAGCCAUGUAGAGAGCCCUGUGUCCACCUCCACCCCUCUGCCGGUUUUGGUUUGGGGGAUGAUGUGGCCCCCUGUGACCCUGCUUCCUUCACAUGAGCCAGGCGAGUGGGGAAGGACGGUCACCAUACAUCGUCGCCCCCUUCGUUGGCGCUUGUCUUCACCUGCUUGCGUGCUCCUUCUCACAUCUCUGCACACAUUGCGUAUUCCUUUCGGUGCAGAAGAGAGUGACUGUAACCAGGAGAAGGCCCUGUCUUCCUUCAGCCCCCAGUGGAGCCUGGACCGGAGCCGUACCCCCCGGGGACUAGAUGAUGAACUAGACACCGGGGAUGCCAAGUUCUUCCAAGUCAUCGAACAGCUCAACUCUCAGAAACAGUGGAAACAGUCAGAGGACUUCAACCCAUUGACACUGUACUUCAGAGAGAAGGAGAUGGAGAAAGAGUAUCGGCUCUCUGCACUCCCCGCCUUCAAAUACUAUGCAGCCUGCACCUUCCUGGUUUUUUUCUCCAACUUCAUCAUCCAGAUGCUGGUGACAAACAGGCCCCCAGCUCUGACCAUCACCUAUAGCAUCACCUUCCUCCUCUUCUUCCUCCUCCUCUUCGUCUGCUUCUCAGAGCACCUGACGAGGUGUGUCUUGAAAGGCCCCAAGAUGCUGCACUGGCUGCCCACACUGUCUGUCCUGGUGGCCACACGGCCCGGACUGCGAGUUGCCCUGGGCACCACUACCAUCCUGCUCAUCUUCUCCAUGGCCAUUACCAGCCUGGUCUUCUUACCGGCAGCAUCAAACUGCCCUUUCCGGGCUCCCAAUGUGUCCUCCACGGCUUCCAACCUCUCCUGGGAGCUCCCUGGGUCCCUGCCUCUCAUCAGCGUCCCAUACUCCAUGCACUGCUGCGUGCUGGGGUUCCUCUCCUGCUCCCUCUUCCUGCACAUGAGCUUCGAGCUGAAGCUGCUGCUGCUCCUGCUGUGGCUGGCAGCCUCCUGCUCCCUCUUCCUGCACUCCCACGCCUGGCUGUCCGACUGCCUCAUCGCCCGCCUCUAUCUGGGCACCUUGGACUCCAGCCUCCUCAGGCCAGGGGUGCUGAAGGAGCCUAAACUGAUGGGAGCGAUCUCCUUCUUCAUCUUCUUCUUCACCCUCCUGGUCCUGGCUCGGCAGAAUGAGUAUUACUGCCGCCUGGACUUCCUGUGGAAGAAGAAGCUGAGGCAGGAGCAGGAGGAGACAGAGACGAUGGAAAACCUGACUCGGCUGCUCUUGGAGAAUGUGCUCCCCGCGCACGUAGCCCCCCAGUUCAUCGGCCAGAAUCGGCGCAACGAGGACCUCUACCACCAGUCCUACGAGUGUGUUUGUGUCCUCUUCGCCUCAGUCCCAGACUUUAAGGAGUUUUACUCUGAAUCCAGCAUCAACCAUGAGGGGCUAGAGUGUCUGCGGCUGCUCAAUGAGAUAAUUGCUGAUUUUGAUGAGCUGCUCUCCAAGCCCAAGUUCAGUGGGGUGGAGAAAAUCAAAACUAUCUGCAGCACCUACAUGGCAGCUACAGGCUUGAACGCCACCUCCGGACAGGACGCACAGCAGGAUGCUGAGCAAAGCUGCAGCCACCUUGGCACCAUGGUAGAGUUUGCCGUGGCCCUUGGGUCCAAGCUGGACGUCAUCAACAAGCACUCAUUCAACAACUUCCGCUUGCGUGUGGGGUUAAACCACGGACCUGUAGUGGCCGGAGUGAUUGGGGCCCAGAAACCACAAUAUGACAUCUGGGGCAACACGGUGAACGUGGCCAGCCGAAUGGAGAGUACAGGCGUCCUGGGAAAGAUCCAAGUGACCGAAGAGACAGCCUGCGCCCUGCAGUCCUUAGGCUACACCUGCUACAGCCGGGGCAUCAUCAAGGUCAAAGGCAAAGGGCAGCUCUGCACCUACUUCCUGAACACAGAUUUGACACGAACUGGACCUCCUUCGGCCACCCUAGGCUGAGAACCCCACCCCCUCCUCCCACCUAUAAGAUCCUCAAUAAAGAUACUCUGGUAUGUCUGGGUUAGAA